CUACAUUGCAAAUUUGCUGGUUGGCGUGUUAGACACUGAUGAACCCCAGAAACCAUUUCUCAUUGCUUGUAAACGUCUGCCAACAACUAAUUUUGAAACAAUAUGUCAGUUUAUAAACAAAUCUCUUACUGCUUUCUCGUCUACCAUUAAUGGGCGCGUUUUACUUUUACUUACCGAUGCAGCGCCUUAUAUGGUUAAAGCUGCAAAAACUGAAGGUUUUUUAUCCAAAUUUAUUACAUGUUACAUGUCUAGCACAUGGAAUAAAUAGGGUUGCAGAGGUUGCCAGAGAACUGUGCCCUGGAGUUAACAAAUUGGUUAACAAUGGAAAGAAAGCGUUCCUUAAAGCACCUUCACGUGUGGCAAUAUACAAAGAAAUUAUGCCAGAUUCGCCUCUUCCUCCGGAGCCAAUAAUUACUCGUUGGGGUACUUGGUUGGAAGCAGCGAUAUUUUACGCCAACAACUAUGAAAAAUUUGCUGCAGUUGUUAGGAGGUUAGAGGAUGACGCAGAAUCCGUAAAAAAAUUAAAACUCUUAAUAGAAGAACGAAGCGUACAGAAUGAAUUAAUAUUUAUUAAAACACACUUGUGCUUUCUCCCUGAGUGUUUGAAGCAAUUAGAAAAUCAAGGAAUGUCACUAUAUGACAGCAUAUCUAUCGUGCAAGACGUAAAAUCCAAAAUAAUACGUAUUCCUGGCGAGAAAGGAAAACGGCUGAAAUCUAAAUUAGACAAUGUUUUAGAAAAAAAUGUUGGAUUUAAAACGCUUGAACAGUAUUCAACAAUUUUAACUGGUGAUGGGGAAGGUAAUGAAGACAUUAAAGUGGAGAUGAUUCCAAAAUUUAAAUAUGCACCCAUUACUAGUGUAGAUGUCGAACGUGCAUUUUCCAUAUACAAGCACAUUUUAGAUUCGCGAAGGUGUAAUUUCACCGAAGAAAACUUAGAAAUGUAUAUAGUGUGCAAUUACAACGCGUAA